AUUAAAAAAAAAAAAAAGAUUCUGACAGCCGAAAGCGCGCGAGUUGCUGCUGACUGACUGACCUGCACCUGCUCACGCCCAUCAUGUUCCCGGCCACCCGCUUCACGUGGCCGGCAGCUCCCCGCGGCUGACCGGAGCGUUGAGCCGGUCCUCCCCGUCGUUGCCCGCUGCCCUCCACUCUCGUCGCAUCCGCCGUUCCCAUUCCAUUCGCAUUUCAGGUAGGUCAGGUCAGGUCAGUUGCGGUGAGCGAGCAAUGGGGAAGGCGGGGCGCUGGCUCCGGAGCUUCCUGUCCGGCAAGAAGGACAGGCCGCCGCAGCAGGCCGUGGAGCCACCGAAGGACAAGCGGUGGAGCUUCAGGCGCCCCCCGGCGGCGCAGGAAGGGAGGGCCGCCGAGGCUUCGUGGCGCGGUGUGCCGCAGGAGGACCAGGACCAGCACCAGGGGCCGCUUGGUUUCCCGGCGCCGGGCGUCGAGUUCGACCAGAACAAGCAUGCCGUGGCGGUGGCCGUGGCGACCGCGGCCGCGGCCGACGCGGCGGUGGCCGCCGCGCACGCGGCCGCCGCCGUGGCGCGCCUGUCGUCCCGUGGUGCGUCGCGCAUGCCACUGCCGCCGCCGUGCCUCGUCGAGGACGCCGCCGCCGUCAGGAUCCAGGCCACCUUCAGAGGCUAUCUGGCGCGGACGGCUCUGUGCGCGCUGAGGGGCAUCGUCAAGCUGCAAGCUCUGGUGCGGGGGCAGCUCGUGAGGAAGCAGGCCAACGCCACGCUCCGCUGCAUGCAGGCGCUCCUCGCCGCGCAGUCCCACCUGCGGGCACAGCGCAUGCUCGCGCUCCACCACCAUGACCACCACCACUACCCGACGCCGCCCAGACCACGGCAGUCGCCGCAGCACCCGAGGCACCGCCGCUCCUACGAGAUGGACAGGUCGUGCGAGGACAACGCCAAGAUCGUGGAGGUGGACGUCGGGGAGCCCGUGCGGCGGAGCCGGAGCGCGGGCAAGGACAGGCACCCCUUCGCCGACCACCACCACUACGCCGGCCGGUGCUCGCCGGCGCCGUCGGUGGCGACGGAGCUGAUGAGCCCGCGGGCGUACAGCGGCCACUUCGACGAGUUCUCGGUGGCCAACACGGCGCAGAGCAGCCCGCGGCAUGAGGCGUCGGAGGCGUGCCCGGGCUACAUGGCCAACACGGAGUCGUCCCGCGCCAAGGCGCGGUCCCAGAGCGCGCCCCGCCAGCGCACCGACGCGCUGGAGCGGCUGCCUAGCCGGAGGAAAGGGACGCCGCCCAGAGCCACCGCCAAGAUGCAGCGCUCGUCGUCGCUGGCCGGCGCCGCGCCGCGCGGGGCCGGACACUACUCGUCCCCGUGGUCGUCGGGCGCCAGGCUCGACGUCUCCACGGCGUCGCUGAAGGACAGUGAGUGCGGCUCCACCAGCUCCGUGCUCACCGCCGCCACCGUCUACAGCCGGACGCGGUCGCUCGUCGGCUUCGAGGUGCGCCGUGGCCUGUACUGAGGAGUUCGUGAUCCUGGCGACCCGGCGUACGCCAUGGAUGGAUGCUGCCUAGUUUCUGUUAUUAUUCUAAAUGAUGAUCCGGGAUUAUUGUUCGUCGGGAGCUUCAACGACAUGAAAUGUUUGUGAUCAGUUCGUGUGCAGUACGCCAGUUCAUACUACAUACAGUCGCGUUUUCAAACUGUA